AUGGUCGUUAUUGUCCUCCCUAUAAUCUUGCUGCACGGCUGGCCGAGCUCGUUCCGCGAGUUCUACGACGUCGCGCCUUUGUUAUCAACUCAACGAUCCGACUACGACUUCGUGUUCGAAGUUGUCGUGCCCAGUUUGCCGGGUUUCGGUUUUUCACAAGGUGCUGUCAGACCUGGUUUAGGUCCUUUUCAAGUAGCUAUAGUAAUGCGAAAUCUAAUGAACCGCCUGGGUUUUAACAAAUACUACGUUCACGGUGGGGACUUCGGUCACGUGAUUGGCUCGAUAAUGGCUACACUCUUCCCCAAUGAGGUCUUAGGCUUCCAUUCCACUAUGCCGCUAACGUUGGCCAAACCUUCGGUAUUUGGAUGGGUGCUAGGAGCUGUUUGGCCAUCGUUUGUCGAUGCUCACCACUGGCAGAAGAUGUAUCCGUUAAAGGAAAAACUAGAGUUUUUGAUUGAAGAGUCGGGGUACAGUCAUUUACAGGCCACAAAACCUGAUACAAUUGGUAUCGCAUUAAACGAGUCUCCGGUUGGAUUGGCAACUUACAUAUUUGAUAAAAUAAUGAUAUACACUGACGCUAGCAAUAAGUAUCUUGAAGACGGAGGUCUGGCCAAGUAUUACAACGGCAGUGUGAUGAAUUUGAUCGAUAAUGUGAUGGUGUACUGGGUCAGCGAAAGUAUAACUACUUCAAUGAGAAUCUACAAGGAGGUGUCUAGUGCAGAAUUAACGUUAGAGCAGAUCCCCACAUCAGUGCCAACAUGGUUCUUAACGAACGGACCAUUUUAUAACCCUGAAAUGUUACUACGAUGGAAGUAUCCAAACCUCAUAAACUCCACCACUUACGACGACUUCGGAGGACAUUUUGCUGCAUUAGAAAGACCUCAAGAAUUAGUUGAUGAUGUUUUCUAUGCUGUUGGCAGGUUACCCGAUUGCCGUGCGAACUCGCAGGCAAUCAGGGCAUUUACGCGCGCAGUCACGACCGGGGCUACUGGAGACGUGACUGUCAAUCGACGGGAAGGGCGUUCGAACAAGAAAAAAGCGGUGGUGGCCGAGUGGAUAUGA